AUGGAUGGAAAUGGAUGCACGGACCAUCCAUUUCCACGCCGUGGAUACGUGGACGGUGGACGUGGAAUGGAUCGCCAGCCUGCACAUUCGAUUCGAUGCGAAUCUACAGGACAAGAAUUUCUUGGCGUUCGAUUCGAUGCGAAUCUACGGGAGGCACAUUCGAUUCGAUACGAAUCUGCGGGAGAUGCGUUCGAUUCGAUAGAUUCCCUUGGUGGUCAGGUCCAGAAAAUGAGGGGCACAGCGAAUGCGACGCUCAUUGCUGUCGAAAUCGAACUCUGCGGCAAGUGCUUCCAUCGCCGUGCCGUUGUUCGCAGCGUUAUCAAGCGUACAAUAACCGAGUCUGAAGCCCAAUAG